CCAGGAGGCGGAACGGCAGGACAUAAGCACUGCCGAGGACGCGGUGGAGGCUGCCGACGAAGGAAUACCAGUUGGUUGCUGAGUUGUCGGCAGCGCGCACCAAUUGAUCAAGGGUCAAAACGUCGACAGGAGGGGGAAAGGAUGCCAUUGGUGACACGGAGUGGGAGGAAGGCGACGGCGGGUGGACCCGCGGUGGCCGGGAGGGAGCGGCGGCAGGUGGACCCGUGGCGGCUCAAAGAGGAGGGGAGGAUGGGGAUGGCUGUAGCUACUGCUGCUGCUCCUACUGCUGCUGCUGCUGCUGCCGCUACUGCUGCUGCUGCUGCUGCCGCUGCUGCUGCUGCUGCCGCUGCUGCUGCUGCUGCCGCUGCUGCUGCUGCGUCUGCUGCUACUUCUGCUGCUGCUGCUGCUAGCUGAUGGCAGUUAGCUGAUGGGGAAAGAUGGCAGUUAGCUGAUGAAACUAGGACUUGGUGGAAAUUUCAGUAGCACUUCGUGAUCACAUCCAGGAAAGUGCGCGAACUUCGGGAAGCGAUAUCCAACAAUCCAAGCAGUGAAACAGUCUAAAAUUUUACGACGUUGUGCCAUAAUAGUUUGUCCGUUUGCAACUGUGACAUAUCGGACGACGAAGUGGACGCUGGUUGGUGAUGAAGCUUGUUUCUGCGGAGCACAUGUGCCAACCGCAGCAGCUGUCGAGAUACCAAGUAUUUGGACCUGAAAUUAUUCGAGCAAGGUUAGCGUAAACUUGAGUUGCAAAAACCGGAGGACGAUGCUGUGACGGAGAUGGAUUCUGCAGCGUUUUUGGCAUCUGCUGCAUUUGGGUCGUUGACUGCUGCGCGGACUGAGGUGGCUUCAGUAACUGCUGCAAGCGAUGAUAAGGCUGUGAAGUGCUGCGUCGGUUUUGAUGUCGACUGCGACAAUUUUGGUCAAGAUCUUGCUGCUCUGCUUGAAGAUAUGAAGAGAUUUCGGCUUCGGAAUGGUUCGGGUUCAUUCGCAGAAAGACGCGUGUCUGUCGCCAUUCGGGUCCAAGACCAGCAAGAAGUACCGUGAGAUACAUCUCACGAGGGAAGUAUCCUCCACUCUUCUCCAGUUGAUCUCGUAGUGUACGGACGCGGUUGACGUAGUCCAUGACAUUUUCGUUUGUCAUCAUCUGUACACUUGUCAGCUGCGAAAGUAUUUUACUCACUGUUAUUGUAUCCUUUGCCAUGUAUACCCCCUUCAGAUGGUUCCAAGCAGUUUCGGCUGGUGUAAAGCUUGAGUGAAAUGAUCGGACGCCGAGCUGCUCCUUCGGCGACAAGUUCCGAACAAGAACUGUAUAAGCCCCGAGAGAGGCGUGCAAGAAACUCUGCUGCUGCAGUUGUGUUCCCACGACAGGAUACGUGAACUCGCCGGUGAAGAACGGCCAUAGCCCAGCGGACUGCGCCAGAAGUUCAAACUCAAAGCUCCAGGAGUAGAAGUCGACUCCGUUAAAAGGGGAACGGCCGAAAAUGUAGAAAGGAUGCUUGAAUCUGCUGCGACUGCGGCUGCUGUACAGAAGGUGCAGUCGAAGAAACACCUGGAGUGUUAACAGAAGGCGGAUUCUGCUGUUGCAUACCGAUAUGAGCAUAGGCUGGUGGAAACGGCCUAGAGGCUGAGAGACCAGUGGCGGUAGUGGAGACAUGUACUCCAGUAGUUCCGGAAGUUGAUCCGGCAGACAGUGCUGGUGAUGAACCAGUCAUUGUUGACAGUAGUCUUAAUUCCAGAUAGCUCUCAUACCAUGAAAUAACUUGUCCAAUGUUGU